AUGCGGGAAAUCCUGGGAUCCCAGGAAAUAUCCUGGUUUGUCCCAGAAUCCCGGGACGCUAAGAAACCCCCAAAACAGGAAACCCUAGUACUGACAGGGGCUGCCACCUGCUUCUAUGCCUUCAUUGGGUUCGACAUCAUCGCCACAACGGGGGAGGAGGCAGUGAACGCACGACGCUCCAUCCCGUACUCCAUCGUUAUAUCCCUCGUCAUCAUCCUCAUCGCCUAUGUCAGCUCCUCUGCCAUCCUCACACUUAUGGUACCCUACGAACAGAUUGACCCGGAUGCAGCGCUGGUGGAGGUGUUCGCGACGGUCGGCGCUCACAAGUGUAAAAACUUGGUAGCAGUGGGCGCCCUGGCCGGCCUCACAGUCUCCAUGUUCGGCUCCAUGUUCUCCCUGCCCAGGAUCGUCUAUGCCAUGGCCAAGGACGGACUUAUAUUUAAGAGCCUGGCCAACGUGUGGGUGGUGACGGGGACCCCGGCGGUGGCUACUGUGGUAUUCGGUCUGGGCGCCGCCUUCGCCGCUAUGUUCAUCUCCCUCACCGUACUGGUCGAGAUGAUGUCCAUCGGGACGCUGCUGGCCUACACGCUGGUGUCGACGUGCGUGUUGAUCCUGCGCUACCAGCCUCACUCCACCACCCUGCUAGAGAUGCUGCCAGAGAGCAUUCGUACACCCCUCGGGGGAACUCCUCUCCCAGGCUCCCCCACGCGCUCGCUUACUCACCAGGCCGAGAUGACCACUACCCUGGGAAUACGUACUGGAGUCACUGCCUCCACCAUCACGCCUCAGCACUUAACGGCGGCCCUGCAGCAGAAUGGUGGGGGGCGCAUCACUCCCUCUGGUCUCCCACUAGACCAGAAGAUUACCGUCAAGCGUGUGAUGAGGUCGUCUCCAGACUCUGAUGAUACGGGCAACACGGAGGAAGGCAGCGGUGAGUCGUGGCGGCGGGAGGACGACUACAUGGUGAGCGACAAGUGUGAGAACAAGUAUUACGGCGCCGUGCCAGUCUCCACCGGUCCUGCCAAGUGGUACGACAGAUACGUGGAGAUGGUGCAGCGGACGUUCCCUAGGUUCUUCCCCUGGGUGGAAGAAGGCCCAUGCACCGAGGAGACCGGCAGGCAGGUCAUGAAGCUGGUUGGGUUGUUGUACCUCAACGUUCUGAUCUUCGACCUCGUCCUGGUGUUCAGCCUGGGCGAGUUGGAGGUCCACUCCCCCGCCGCCUCCCUCUUCAGUAUAAUGCUCUUCCUCACCAUACUGCUCAUCCUCCUCCAGAUCUCCCGCAAGCCACAGAACAGGAGGUCGCUGCCGUUCCUUGCGCCAGGGCUGCCCUGGGUGCCGGCCGUCGCCAUCAUCAUCAACGUUUACCUCAUCUUCAAGCUCUCCAUCCUCACCCUUAUUCGCUUCGUUUUCUGGAUGACAAUUGGUUUCAUCAUCUACUUCUACUACGGGAUCAAGAAGAGCACGGUGGGGACAGGGGACGAUGGUGAGAUAGAACUACAUGUGACAUCAGACCCGUCCACCCAGCCCGGGACAAAUACUGUCACCCCUCCCACCGCCCACUCCCUCUCUCCUGCCACCGCACAGCCAGUCACAGUUCCCACUGCAGAUUUCUUGGCCUCUCCUACAGGCACCAGCCGUGGAGAACCCACCCCCAACCGCCCUUCAACCAACAAUGCUCCUCAACAGCCUGCACCUGCAAACAACAAGAUAUAUAUAUCAAGCAAUCCAUACAAUCCAUUCCGUUAAUCUGAGUGUAUAAUUGUUGUUGUUUUGUGUAAAGGAGUGCAACAGGCACAACGUACAGCCACCACUGCACCGGCCUCACGCUAGUAACCCCAGCCACCGAGGCUGGAGUGGUCUGCCGGAAAACGUAUUUACUAUCUGCUCUCACUAAAUUUAGUCUUUAUGAUCUUAUUUGACGCAUCAUACAAGGUUAUAUCUAUAAAGAUGAUCCUCUAGGGGAGACUGGACGACGCUGAAUACUCAUACAUCUAACCUGUUGUUUUAGACGAAACUCAUUACAACUUGCUGGUGUCUUAAUUAAAAAAAAAAAUACUACCAACCUUUGCACUGUUUGUCCUCUAAUCUGGAGGAUUGGUAUCUCCAUCCAUUAAUAAGAAACAUGAGACAAUGUGGCAUGCCGGUCGAAAUCAAAGUGCCCCAUCCUUGCUGUUCACUGCUGUGUCCAGAACUACCCGUGUGGGAGAUCAAGGCUACACCUUGCCGGCAGACCACAACCCAAGCUUGGGCAGGCCAGCAGCGGCAGGGCAAGGAGCAGUUUCGCUGGCCUCGGGAACCUGCCACUUAGUAAUUCUCUGCUGCUAGUAUCAGAUCUCUGGCCUGAGACCCUCAGUACUCAUCCAGAAGAGUUACAAGAGCGAAGAGUCUCAUUUCCAGUUGAGCAAAGUUAUAAAACUUGUUAUAAAUAGCAGAUGAACCAUUGCCUGUCAACCGUCCACGGUGCGUGACGUAUAUUGUCUGGUUAUUUUAAGGUCUAUAACAAACUUAGUGAUUUAAAACAAUCAUAAAAGCCUUAUUCAGUCUUCGAUAAAACUUGCUUAACGGAAGUGGAUGUGCACACAAUAUUACAUAUCUUGUACGAUCAACAAGUCAUACCCGACCCGCUAGCCAGGCAGCUGUGGCCGUACGUUCUUGUCACUCCAUUGAUCUUUUAACAUUCAUGUUAUUGUCUAGUGUGUAAGUUGAUAUGUGACUUGACAAAUGACUUCAAAAAUACAGUUUAAAAAUACGUAGGUAAGACCUGGCAAGCCUUGUAACCUCGUCGUACAGUAGUUACCGCUAGCGUAGGUUGUAGUGUUGACAGGAAGAGUCUUGGUGUCGUGCGAGAAGCCGCCUGGUGACGCCUUAUCACACUGCCCAUCUUACUCACCACUGGCAAAAAGUAUUACUUUCUGGCAACAGUUAAAGUUGCUUAGAAUAUACCCCAAUCACCUUAAAUGUCCUUGUCAUUGAAAUUCAGGCAGUCUUGUUAACUUUGAACGUUAAGUUUAUGAUUUUGAGCAAGAACUCGUAUAGACUUAGAUUUGUAUAAUGAUUAUUUAAUAAGUUUGUUAUGUAUAGACGAUGUUGCUUUUAUCUGAGAGUAGUAUUACUUGAGGAAAGCUUACUAACUUCUUUUAUGGCUACAUAAUAGUUUACAAACAGUAGGUGCCGCAUACGUAAGGGGGUGAGAGGCAGCUAAUGGAAGCUCCACGUCAUUCCUAAUUGUUGCUCGUGGUUAUAGACGUCUAAGUUACAGAUAAUUAGUAUGAAUUACAUAAAAUAUUGGGUUUUAAUAGGAUGCAAGUUACUUCAUUUUUGCCUGCCAACAAUUUGUUACAUACAGAUAAAAAUAAAAAUCGUUUGGAAAA